UUAGCGCUCUGCUUAAACAUAGUGCAUUUCCUUAAAGCUGCAAAACCCAACAAGACAAAAAGAGGCCACACUUUCAGAACCUUCAGGUUGUUGCCAUUGGUGCAAAGACUUCCGGCUGCUGAUACAUUGUACCAGUGCGACGAGCUGCACGCUCAUAGCAGACAGACCGCGGGGCGGUGAGUGUCACUUGAAAUCGUUGGUAACUCUUCACUUUGCUCCUAAAUCGUUAGAGGGACGGAGGCAAGCGAGUGGCACGGACCGGAGUACCUGCAAGUUUUAACCAUUUCACUCUUUUUGGAGGAAUAUUUCAAGGUGGACCGUCUUUCUUUUAAGAAAAGGUUUUUGUUCCGUUUGCAAUCUAAUCGAUCAAUUCUUGUGCACAGCAUUGAGCAUGUAUAUACUUUAACACAAAAUGCACAGUAUCGGGAAAAAAUAAAAUAAAACGGAAUACGCCUUUGUGGGUAUUGUUUGGACUCUGUUUAGAGCAGCGAAUAUAACACGAGCCACAACUGGAAACUGACGACGAAGAGGGUGCGCUUGCCAUUUACAAGGAGAGCGAAUUUAAUUUGGAUUCGAUAUACUGGACUAAAACCUGAUCUUUAUGGCACGUUGAUGACCCUAAUAAUUCUGAGCUGAGUUGAUUUUUUUCUCUCGUGGGAUUGGUGCGGUUCUGGCCGCGUGUAUAUUCGCAUCACUUUCCCCAGCGGUAUUGCGAUCAGGACAAGCCUGGAUUAACUGGGCGGUAUUUACAAAGUGGACUCUGGGAACAAAAAGCGUGGAGGCUAUUCGAGGGUUUCGAUUAGAAACAACGGAAUCUCGAUAAUCUGUUGAACACCGUGGCUAUGGCGUGUGCGAAUAAAUUUGACCUUAUUGUUGGAGUUGUUUUAGUUUUGCAGUCUCUUGGAAUUGUCUUUCAAGUGACCAGGGGGGAUCUGAUACCAGCAAACGGGGGGUUGUACUCGCACGUGGGAGGAACGCCUCCCUCGGAGGAGAGCGACCCGGUGGAGGUGAAGCUCUCCAGCGGCAGGUGGAGGAGGUGGCUCUCCCUGCCCAAAUCCACGGACAGUAACAGGGCCAGCCAGGACCAGGAGUCGGACAGCACCGACCCAGACCGGUUCCCCGGCCUGUUGUCAGACGAGGACAACGACAACAGCUCUCAGAUCGAGGAAGAUACGGAUCACAACUACUACACAUCGAAAAUGUUCGGGCCGACCGACCCCACGGCCAGAGACCUGUGGGUCAACAUCGACCAGAUGGACAAAGAGAAGGUGAAGAUCCACGGCAUCCUGUCCAACAGCCACCGGCAGGCCGCGCGUGUGAAUCUGUCCUUUGAUUUCCCCUUUUACGGGCAUUUCCUGCGGGAGAUCACCGUGGCAACUGGUGGUUUCAUCUACACCGGCGACGUGGUUCACAGGAUGCUGACCGCCACCCAGUACAUCGCUCCCCUGAUGGCGAACUUUGACCCCAGCGUCUCCAGGAACUCCACCGUCAUUUACUUUGACAACGGCACUGCUCUGGUGGUCCAGUGGGAUCAUGUCCAUCUCCAGGACAGUUACCACCUGGGGAGUUUCACCUUCCAGGCCACCCUUCACAGCGAUGGGAGGAUUGUCUUCGCCUACAGAGAGAUUCCCAUUCUGGUGACUGAUAUCAGCUCCGUCAAUCACCCUGUCAAAGUGGGGCUGUCAGAUGCAUUUGUGGUCGUGCACAGGAUCCAGCAAAUACCCAAUGUUCGUAGGAGAACGAUCUACGAGUACCAUCGUGUGGAGCUUCUGAAAACCAAAAUCACCAACUUCACAGCCGUGGAGAUGAUUCCCCUUCCCACAUGCCUCCAGUUCACAAGCUGUGGACCUUGUGUCGCGUCUCAGAUUGGCUUCAACUGCAGCUGGUGCCACAAGCUCCAGAGGUGCUCGAGUGGCUUCGACCGCCAUCGCCAAGACUGGGUGGAUAGCAGCUGUCCUGAUGAGACAAAGGACAAAAGCUGUGACCUUGUGGUCAACACCACACAGGUCUACUCGUUCACAACACCGCCAGCCCCCAGGACCACUGUGAGGAGCAGGCUGACCACAACCACAAUCAUGGCCACCUCUACCUCCCACCUUCCCACCAGCAUCCCCACAGAAGAUGACACCAAGAUCGCUCUGCACCUCAAGGACGGCGGAGCCUCACCGGCCGACAGCUCAGCGGACAUGAAGCAGGGGAGCCUGCACACGGGCCUCAUCGUGGGGAUCCUGAUGAUCAUGCUCAUCAUGACGGCCGCCGUCCUCCUCACGGUCUACAUGUACCACCACCCUACGUCCGCCGCCAGCCUCUUCUUCAUCGAGAGACGUCCCAGCAGGUGGCCGGCCAUGAAGUUCCGCCGUGGGUCAGGACACCCUGCCUACGCAGAGGUGGAGCCGGUGGGACAGGAGAAGGAGGGCUUCAUCGUGUCGGAACAGUGCUGAGGGUCAUCUCUCUCUUUUUCUCUUUCUCCCCUGCUCUCUCUUUCUCUCUCUCUUUCUGCGUCUGUUUCCCAUGGACAGAGCACCAGUACUGGCUUACAGGUGUGGAAAUAUGUUGGGUGACGUUAACUUUUUUUUUUUUGUUAUUGGUAAACAAAACACAUGUGAUUUAGCCUCUAACUUCUGAAGAAAAAGAAAAAAGGAAUGAUGGAUCCAACCUUCAAGAGGGCAAGAACCUCCUGGACAGUAGUCUUCCUCUGUGAACGUAAAGUCCUCCCCUUCCCCCUGUAUAAUACCUUCUGAAAAGCUUUGAGACCCACCGAGGGGCAACUACUGUCCGUGUGACUAUGCCAAGAG